UCUGCCUGCCUGCCUGCCACAGGAGGACACUUGAAAACCACCAGCAAGUCGUCUAAAUGUCUCUUUUUUUGCUACUUUUGCUGCCUUUUCACCGGCUUUUCCAAGAACAUGUAACCCCCCCGCACCACUGAACGUGGCGUCGACUUCGUGCUUACACGCCUCCAGGGAUCUAAAGGCUAGCCUUGUGAGAAGAUGGACGUGUGAGGAACUCAAAGCACGAGUCCCGCCGUCCGUCACUCGCACAGCUCAGUCGCAGGAGCGGAGAGGAGGACAGCCCAGCCUGGGGGAAGUGGUGCCAUGAUUGCAGAGGCAGAGUGGAAAGGACCCACGGCCGCUGAGGACAACAAAACCGAGUCCGCGGCGGCGGGGGGGCACGUGACUUGCAAUGCUCAUCAGGUACCAAGCGGGGCCUCCGCCCAGCCCCCUGGCUCCACCACCACUGAGGAUGAGGAUGAAAGUGAAGACGAGUCCGACAUCCUUGAGGAGAGUCCCUGCGGCCGCUGGCAGAAGCGCAGAGAGGAGGUGAAUCAGCGAAAUGUUCCCGGGAUAGACACGGCAUACUUGGCCAUGGAUACCGAGGAAGGGGUGGAGGUGGUGUGGAAUGAAGUCAUGUUCUCAGAAAGGAAGAACUUCAAGCUGCUGGAGGAGAAGGUCGAGGCUGUUUUUGAUAACCUGAUCCAUUUAGAUCAUGCCAAUAUUGUCAAGUUCCACAAGUACUGGAUUGACACCAAGGAGAACCGGGCCCGGGUGAUUUUCAUUACUGAGUACAUGUCAUCGGGAAGUUUAAAGCAGUUUCUGAAGAAGACCAAAAAGAAUCACAAGGCCAUGAAUGAAAAGGCUUGGAAGAGAUGGUGCACACACAUCCUGUCAGCUCUCAGUUAUCUCCACUCAUGUGAUCCCCCCAUCAUCCACGGCAACCUGACUUGUGACACCAUCUUCAUCCAGCACAAUGGCCUAAUCAAGAUCGGGUCAGUUGCUCCAGACAUCAUCAACAACCAUGUGAAGACAUGCCAUGAAGAACAGAAGAACUUGCAUUUCUUUGCCCCGGAAUAUGGAACUGUCACUGACAUGAGCACAGCUGUAGACAUCUACUCAUUCGGCAUGUGUGCCCUCGAGAUGGCACUUUUGGAGAUCCAAGGAAAUGGCGAGUCUUCGUUUGUGUCUGAGGAUGCCGUCAAUACUGCCAUAGAGCUGCUGGAGGACCCACUACAGAGGGAGCUAAUUCAGACGUGCCUGGAUUGUGACCCAUGUACAAGACCCACCGCCCGAGAGCUGCUCUUUAACAAGGCUCUGUUUGAAGUGCCACUACUGAAGCUGCUGGCUGCUCACUGUAUUGUCAGUCAUCAAUACAUGAUCCCAGAGAACGCCCUGGAGGAGAUAACCAAAAACAUGGACCCGAAUCUCAUUAUCGCUGACAAGAAAGAUGUUGUUCAGCUCAAGCUCUCACAAUUUCCUGCCUUGGAGCUUGAUAAGUUCCUGGAGGAUGUGCGAAACGGGAUUUAUCCCCUAACGGCGUUCGGCCUUCCCUCUCCGAAGCAGCCCCAAGAGCAGAAUGGUAAAUCUCCCAUUGUGAUUCCUUUGGUGAAGUCCCCCACACCUGAGCCUGCAGAGCUGGAGACACGGCGGGUGUGUAUGACGCAGUGCAUAUUUCUGGAUACGAGUGUGGAAGUAGGCAUGAGAAGCAAAUGUAUUCACCUUUCUGUCUGCCUCCUUCAGGUCAUUCAUAUGCAGUGCAGUGGUGAACUCAUUGAGGAGGGACCCAAAUAUCAUCUGACAUUGCUGCUGAAGCUGGAGGACAAGCUGAACAGACAUCUAAGCUGUGACAUGUUACCUCAUGAAAAUGUUCAAGAUUUGGCUGGCGAGUUGGUGCAACUGGGCUUCAUCUGUGAGAUGGACCGAACCAAAAUAGCUUCACUCCUUCAAGAAAGCUUCACUCAAGCUCUUAACCAGCACCAUGUGCUCCAAAGCAAGUCUGUUACAUUUUCCCCUUAAAAGCACUCAACAUGCUGGAUUUUCUUUCUUUUUGUAAAUAAUGAGUCUUAAGAUUGAAAUGUGACCAAAACAGUGUACGUUUCUGUUACAUCAGGGAAGAACUUCACAAGUGCAUUUAGAAUGGACAGCAGGUGGAAGUCAUGUGAGGUGUUCACAUGUAAUGUGUGGUUCAGAAUGCAAUAUCUACCCAAAGACCAAAUGAUACCAAAGAAGCUAGGCUGGGCCUUUCUGCGUCGUCAAUUCACGUAAUUCCACCCAUUGAUUGAUUGAUUGUCAUUGGUCUUUUUACAUGACAGCACAUUCCCAGCUGUUUGACCAUCCUGUCAGGUUCAAUGUAAAGUAUUAGUCUCCCAACUGUAGUGCGGAAAGCAACAAACGUUAAUGGCUGAAUUCCUUGUUUAGCAAGCCUUUGGAACAAGAGCACGGUUGUGUUUUGACGUGCGUGUUGACAAUCUUGCCGAGUUUCUGUUGACUGUAACUGUGAGAGGCUGUGAAGUCAGUGUUACUGGAUUUCUCUUGUUCUUUGUUUUUAUUUGUCGCUCCACUUUAAAAACCUCUCAUCUCA